UCGGGCCGGACAGUUAACAUUUGUGUAGGAGCCAAAAGGACGAGCUUCUGGGACGCCCGGGCUCCAAGGACGCACAGAUAGCAGGGCCCCCACCUUGGGUUCUGGAGCUGCCCCCAUGCGGGGCUCCUCUUUUAUCUCGCGGCCUCCGCCGCUACUGUCCCUGCUGCUGUUGCUGUUGCUGCUGCCGCCGCCGCCGAUGCGGCCAAUCUGGGCCCAAGUGUCCACUGGGGCCGCCACCCGCGGGACCCCGGACGCUCCCGACUGCCCCAAGGCGUGCGCCUGCGCGCCCGGCGGCCAGGCCAACUGCUCAGCACUCGUGCUAGUCGCGGUGCCGGCGGGCCUGAGCCGGCGCGUGCGCACGCUGCUGCUGGAUCACAACCGCGUGCGUGUGCUGCCUCCGGGAGCCUUCGCGGGCGCGGGCGCUCUGCUGUACCUGGACCUGCGCGAGAACGGGCUGCGCUCGGUGCACGCACGGGCUUUCUGGGGCCUGAGUGUGCUGCAGCGGCUGGACCUGAGCGACAAUCAGCUGGAAGCGCUGGCGCCCGGCACCUUCGCGCCCCUACGGGCGCUGCGUUCCCUCUCGCUGGCCGGCAACCGGUUAGCGCUCCUAGAGCCAGCGGCGCUGGGCGCGCUCCCUCUGCUGCGCGCGCUCAGCCUGCAGGACAACGCGCUUACGGCGAUCCCGCAUGACCUGCUGGCCGGCCUGCCAGCUCUCGAUGCGUUGCGCCUGCGCGGUAAUCCGUGGGCCUGCGGCUGCGCGCUGCGCUCGCUCUGCGCCUGGCUUCGUCAGCACCCACGGCCGGCGUCAGAAGCCGAAACCCUGCUUUGCGUAUCACCAGGACGCCAGACGCUCAGCCCCCUGACCGCCUUUCCCGACGCCGCCUUCAGACACUGCGCGCAGCCACUAGCGGCGCGGGACCUGGCGGUGGUCUACGCACUUGGCCCUGUCUCCUUCCUCGCCAGCCUGGCCACCUGCCUGGCGCUGGGCUCCGUGCUCACCGCCUGCCGUGCACGCCGCCGCCGCUGCCGUACCGCCGCCCGCCGCCCGCCUAGGAGACCUCCGGAUCCCGCCCCCGACGGCACUGCCUCCCCCGAAAACCCUGUGAGCCCCACCGCUGCAUCUGCCCAAGCCUGAGGGCGCAGCUGUUGCCCCAGGCGCUCCCACACUGCCCGGAGCCCUCGAAACUGCCCAACCCCGUGUCCUUCCUUCACACCCUGCUGGUGACAAACAAGCGACACAGACCGAAA